AUGUAUUGUAAAUACUCUGUUCCUAUUCCACAUAGCAGGCUAAUGGUAAUAUCUUUCGUUGACUUUGAUGUGGGUCCCCCAUCAUGCAGAUAUGACUUUGUGAAGAUUGCUAAUGAUCGGAACUAUAGCUUUGGUAAAUACUGUGGUCCGAGGACUGGACAAACAGUUGUAGUUGAUGGAAACUACGCCUUGAUAACAUUCCGUUCAAACUCAAGGGUGAAAAAAAGAGGAUUCUUCUUCCGUUUCAAAACGGGUUUUGAUGUCCCACCCAAAAUAUCCUUAUCAGCCGUUGUGGAAGCUCUCCCAGGUUACAGAGUAAAAAUUCCAGUGACUGGAACUCCACCGAUAUACACAGCAAUAAUAAGAAACUCCACCGUGUUGGUAAACACAACAGAUACUGCAGCAUUUCAGUUCUACGAUGAGUCAAAUUUCACCUCUGUAGCGAUUAACAAGUAUGGAUAUGAUGUGAAGGAGUUUUCUGUGAUUUUUAAAGGUGAAGAAAUUUCAUCUAACUUAAGAUUAUAA